UAUUGUCAAUUAUUAAAAUUAUAAUGAUUUGGUAAUAAUUUUUUUAAAAAUUCCACAAUGCUUUCCCGUUCUGUAUUAAUAUUAAGGCAAAACUCAUUGGUAGUCAAAAAAUAUUCUACCAAUGUAUCAAAUCCAAAGACUGGUAUUGUUUUGGUUAAUAUGGGAGGUCCUGAAACUAUAAACCAAGUUCAUGAUUAUUUACACAGAAUAAUGACUGAUAGAGAUAUGAUACAAUUACCAAUAGCUCAAGACUAUUUGGGACCUUGGAUAGCUAAGCGAAGAACUCCAGAAGUUCAAAAGAAGUAUCAAGAGAUUGGUGGUGGGUCACCUAUUCUAAAGUGGACAAAACUACAGGGUAAACUUUUAUGUGAUAAACUCGAUCAACAGUGCCCCGAUUCUGCUCCUCAUAAGCCCUAUGUUGCCUUUAGAUAUGUCCCGCCAUUUACAAAAGAUGCCUUUGAGGAACUUGAAAGGGACGGUGUAGAACAUGCAAUCAUAUUUUCACAAUAUCCCCAAUACAGCUGUGCUACAUCUGGUUCUAGUUUUAAUGAAAUUUAUAGAUAUUUCAAGAAUAGGGGUCUCCCAAAGGGCAUGACAAUGUCAGUUAUUGAUCGGUGGCCUAUAAAUUCCCUAUUAGCUAAAUGUUUUGCGGAUAAUAUUAAGAAAGAAUUACAACAAAUUCCUGAAGCUAAAAGAAAUGAAGCAAUUAUUUUAUUUUCUGCACAUUCUUUGCCCUUGAAGGCAGUAAAUCGUGGAGACCCUUACCCUUCAGAAGUGGGUGCUACUGUACACCAAGUAAUGAAUGAAUUAAACUUCUCUCACCGUUACCAGUUAGUAUGGCAAUCCAAAGUGGGUCCAUUGCCUUGGCUGGGACCAAUGACUGAUGAAGCUAUCAAAGGAUAUGUAAAACAAGGAAAGAAAACUUUUGUUGUAGUUCCCAUUGCAUUUGUUAAUGAACACAUCGAAACUCUUCAUGAAUUAGAUAUCGAGUAUUGUAAAGAUUUAGCUAAGGAGUUAAAUGUAGAAAUAAUUCGAAGAGUACCAGCUCCAAAUGAUCAUCCUUUGUUUAUAGAAGCUCUCUGUGAUUUAGUUACAACCCAUAUAAAAAGAAAAAUUCCAGUUUCAAAUAAAUUUUUAAAUAGGUGUCCCCAUUGUGUAAAUAAAAACUGUGCUGUAAGUAAGCAGUGGUAUUCUAGGGUAUGCUCUUUCUAAAAGUUUUUUUUUGUAUUUUCUAUUAUAUUGCACCUGCUUCUUUAUUGCUAUUUAAAAAUUGAAAUCAAUACAUUUCAAUUGUAGGUGAUUUUGGUUUCUCUUAUUAAAUAUAUCAAAAAAUCUUUU